AUGAAUCGUUUUAUAACAGUGGCUACAUGUUCUUUAAAUCAAUGGGCAUUAGAUUUCGAAGGAAAUUGUAAUAGAAUUAUAAAAAGUAUUAUUGAAGCAAAAAAACAGGGUGCUGUUCUUCGUAUUGGACCUGAACUUGAAAUAACUGGUUAUGGAUGUUAUGAUCAUUUUUUGGAAAAUGAUACCUAUACACAUUCAUGGGAAAUGUUAUGCCAAAUACUUGAUUCAGAUGACAUAAAUGAUAUAAUUGUUGAUUUGGGAAUGCCUAUUAUAUAUCAAGGCAUGAGAUAUAAUUGUCGAGUUAUUAUUUAUAAUAAAAAAAUUCUUUUAAUUCGCCCAAAAUUAUGUCUUGCUAAUAAUGGAAACUAUAGAGAGAUGAGAUAUUUUUCAAAUUGGAGCAGAAAGAUGUUUACAGAUAAUUUUUGUCUUCCUGAGAUUGUUUCUUCUAUUACUGGUCAAAAAACAGUCCCUAUAGGAGACUCAAUUAUAGUUACACAAGAUACGUCUAUAGGUUGUGAAAUGUGCGAAGAAUUAUUUACAUCUUCAAGUCCUCACAUUGAUCUUGCAUUAAAUGGUGUUGAAAUAAUCUGCAAUUCAAGUGGAAGCCAUCAUGAGCUUGGGAAGAUCAAUACUAGAAUAAAUCUUAUUCAAGAAGCUAUGUCGAAAUCAGGUGGCAUUUAUUUAUAUGCAAAUCAACAAGGAUGUGAUGGUGAUAGAUUAUAUUAUGAUGGUUCUGCUAUGAUUAUUGUAAAUGGUUCUAUUGUGGCACAAGGACCGCAAUUUUCGCUUAAUGAUGUGGAUGUUAUCUCUGCAACUAUUGAUUUGGAGGACGUUAGAAAUUAUAGAAAUGGUAUUUGUCAAGGGAUCCAGUCUUUGAAUAUUUCUUCAUAUAAUAAAAUUUAUUGUUCUAAAACUUUAUCAAAAAGUAUAUUUGAGUUAAACGCAAAAAAUAUAAUACCAGUUUCUCCUAUAGUUCCUAAAUAUUAUUCUAUAGAAGAAGAAAUUGCUUUUUCUCACGCAUGCUGGCUUUGGGAUUAUCUUAGAAAGUCAAACAAUAAUGGAUUCUUUUUGGCGUUAAGUGGUGGAUCCGAUAGUUGUGCUACAGCUCUUACUGUAUAUAUUAUGUGCAAAAAAGUUAUUGAUGCUUUAAAAGAUAAAAAUAGUCAAGUUUUGGAUGACCUUUGUAAAAUAUUAGGAGGACCUAAACAUUUUAAGCGUUUUCCAGAAACUCCAGAAGAGCUUGCAAGAGAAAUCUUUUAUACUUCAUAUAUGAGUACUGAAAAUUCUAGUUUUGAGACAAAAAGAAGGUCAAAAGAACUCUCAAAUGCAAUUGGGAGUUAUCAUAUUGACCUAAAUAUGGAUAAUCUUGUUAAAGCAGCAUUACAAAUAUUUUCUUAUGUUACAGGAAAACAAGUUAAAUUUAAGCUACAUGGAGGAACCGAUUGUGAAAAUAUAGCCUUACAAAACCUUCAGGCCCGUUUUCGUAUGGUUCUUAGUUAUUUUUUUUCACAAUUACUUCCAUGGGCAAGAGGAAAGUCAGGCUCACUUCUUGUUCUUGGAUCUACAAAUUUAGAUGAAUGUUUAAGAGGAUAUUUUACGAAAUAUGAUUGUUCUAGUGCGGAUAUUAAUCCUAUUGGUACUAUUUCUAAAACUGAUCUUAAUCGAUUUAUUAAAUUUGUUCAUGAUAAUUUCAAAUUGCCUUUACUUCAAGAAUUUUUACUUGCUAAGCCUAGUGCAGAGCUUGAACCUUUUUCUGAAGAAUAUACCCAGUUAGAUGAAGUCGAUAUGGGUUUUACUUAUGAUGAGUUAAAUAUUUUUGGUAAACUUCGAAAAAUUAAUAAAUGUGGACCAUAUAGUAUGUUCCUAAAACUCUUCUACAAGUGGAAGAACAAUUUACCGCCUAAAAUUAUUGCUGAAAAAGUUAAACGUUUAUGGUUUUAUUAUUCUGUUAAUAGACAUAAAAUGACGAUAUUAACACCAGCAUGUCAUACUGGGUCUUGUAGUUUAGAUGAUAAUAGAUAUGAUCUUAGACCUUUUCUUUAUAAUAUAAGAUGGUCAUGGCAAUUUAAACGUAUAGAUGAUGAACUGAAAAUAUUGGAAAUAAAGACUAAUAUAUAA